AUGAGAUCCGUGUUGAAAAUGAAGAAGAGCGAUGAACUUCUCCACAUCGACAUCCAGGUGGAUGAAAACAAAGCUCGCACCUCCGUCCUAGACCUCCUCAGAACUUUGAGGCCUAAUUGGAGGCCAGAAGACAUCCACAUGAAGACGUUCACGGAAGGCAUCACCAACCAGCUGCUGGGCUGCUCCGUGGACGAAUCCGACUGCGUGCUGGUGCGAGUCUACGGCCAACGGACCGAACUCUUUCUGGACCGCCAGCGGGAGGUGGAAAUGUUCCGCCUCCUGCACGCAAACGGCUGCGGGCCGCAGAUCUAUUGCAGCUUCCGCAACGGCAUCUGCUACCAGUUUGUCCCUGGAGACGUGCUGGAAGACGAGCUGCUCUGCCAGCCCUCCAUCUACAGGUUGAUCGCAGCGGAGAUGGCAAGAAUCCACUCCAUCCGUCCGCCGAGCGCUCACCCCCCCGAGCGUGUGCUGUGGACCAAGCUGUCUCGUCUUCUCACGCUCGUAGAGGACAGCGGCGAGUUCACCGGGCAGAGUUCCACAUCCGGCCCGCAGUUGCCCGGUUUGGCGAGGUUGUCGAUGGAGGCGGAGACGCUGGAGCGGCAACUCUCGCCGUUGGGCUCCCCCACUGUGCUGUGUCACAAUGACCUCCUGACCAAAAACAUCAUCUACGACCGCCAGCAGGAGACGGUGAGAUUCAUUGACUACGAGUACGCUGAGUACAACUACCAGGCCUUUGAUAUUGGCAAUCACUUCAAUGAAUUUGCUGGUGUCCAGGACAUAGACUACGGCUGCUACCCGAGCCGCCGGCUGCAGAGCGACUGGCUGGAGGCCUACCUGCUCAGCUACAAGCACUGCACGGGGCAAGACGUUGUCGUCGCCCGGGACGAGGUGACGCAACUCUACGUGCAAGUCUGCAAGUUCUCCUUGGCAUCCCACUUCUUCUGGGGUUUGUGGGCCAUCCUCCAGUCUCACUACUCCUCUAUUGACUUUGACUUCCGCAGGUACGCCAUGGCGCGCCUGAACCGCUACUUUGAGAAAAAAGAAGAAUAUUUUUUAUUGAAAUGAAUUGACAAGAGGUUAGUACAUUUGCCCCAGAGUUCAAAGUUUAUGGGCUCAAAUUUCUACUCUGGCCUUCCUCUGUGGAGUUGGCAUGGCAUCCCUGUGCUUGCGUGGACUUUCUCCAGGGACUCCAGCUUCCUCCCACAUCCUAAAAAAGAUUCUUCUUGGGAUAAUUGAAGACGGUAAUUGUCCACAUUGUGAAUGGUUGUUUGUCUGGUAUACAGUAUGUGCCAAGCGAUUGGCUGGCAACCCUGUACUGUUCUAAUAUCCACAAACCACAUUUUGAAGGUCUUGUCUCGGUCUCGGAGUGC